AAUGCAGGUGUAUGGUCUUGAAAAUAAAUCUAAUUUGUUUGGCGCCAGGAACUCUUUCGUCAUGAACCGCUGCAGUAUAGAUGCAGUAAAAUCCACCAUUCUCAGAAAUCGACCUGCAUACACUCCAACUGUCAAUAGCUUGCGUUUCAGGUUGAAACAGCUGUGAAAGUUUUUAAAGGUUCUUCACAGCAGAAAAUUUUAUGUACUAUCAAGAACCAAGACAAUAUUAUAGUGUAUUUUUCGAACAGGCAGAAAUUAGCAUCCACAAAAAAAACACACAUCCAAGUUUCAGUUUUGUUUUGCAUACGAGGCUGUAGAGUUCCAGCUAAUCUGUGGUAGUUAAAAGUCUGUCUGUUUGAUCUUCGAUAACUGUGUGAUCAAAUCACAGACCUUUAGACGUAAGACGUUCUUGACUUAGUCGGUAUCGACAUCAUCAUACACGAGGACCGCAUAUCCUUUGAUCCCCAAAAUGGUGGUAAUGAACUACCGGAACGGGUACUUUGGUUGUUGUGGUGGAUGUUUACGAUGUAUGUCCAGGAUCCCUUAUGCCACUCUGAUUGCUACAGUAAUGUGUGUUGCAGGCUCAGGGCUCUUUUUAGGGUCUAUGUACAGAGGAGCAGCAUUAACUUUAAAAAUAUUUGAAGAUUUGUUUCACAUCAGAUUUCAUGGUACAAGUGGUGAUCUCAGAUUGACAGAUCUUCGAGUCAUAUUUGUUGUGAUUGGAGGAGUGAUGGGUGUUGUCUGUGUAUUCUUGUUGGUGGUAGGAGUCUUAGCAACAGGAGCUACAAGAGAGAGAGUGUAUCGAGGCUGGAAGGCCAGGGUGGGAGGACGGAUAUCGUGUGCACUGUUUCUAGUGAUCACAUAUAUACUGGAUGUGGCAUGGAUGUUGGUGUUGGCAUGUUUGGUGAUCAUAUCUUUCAUCUUCAUGGUGUCCUGGGGACUGUGUAACCAGAUAAAGGUGGCAAAUGGUCAGAGUCAGUGUAUAGAUCUCUCUAACUUCGAUUUCAUGUUUCCAUCUGGAACAAAAUAUGAAAAUUUACGCAUUUGUUCAGAGGGAAAAGUUAAGGAGUUCUGUAAAGAUUAUGUAAGUGGGAAAAGUUACAAACAUAGAUUUAAUAGACAGAGCUGUAGUUUCAGCCUGUAUGACAUUGAAGAAGAUA